CCCGACCCCGACCCAGAUCCGGGUCCCGACCACGCUGGCGAGGAGCACUAUGUAGGGGAGGGCGAGUCCAGCCAGCUCGAUGCACACCGGGUGCCCUCGGACUACAAGGACGCCGAGACCAUCACGGAUGUGUGUAACAGCACCGAGCUGCCGGAGUUUGAGAUCAUCAGCCUGUUGGAGGAGCAGCUUCCGGUUUAUCGUCUGCGAGCGGACACGAUGUACGGCUACGAACGCGAUGACUGGCUGCACACGCCCCUGGUGGCCGUGGACACCUCGCUGGACCUGACCUCCGAGCAGAUAGACGAGACUCUUAAAUACUUCUUGCUGUGUGCGGACAGAGUGGGCCAGAUGACCAAGACCUACAAUGACAUUGAUGCUGUCACACGACUUCUGGAAGAGAAAGAGAGAGAUCUGGAGUUGGCGGCAAGGAUCGGUCAGUCCCUCCUGAAGAAGAACCGGGUUCUGACGGAGCGGAAGGACUAUCUGGAGGAGCAAGUGGGACAAAUGACGGAGGAGGUGGCACAGCUGCACCAUGAGCUGAACCUGAAGGACGAGCUGCUGCACUUCUACACCAACGCUGCCGAGGAGAGCGAGGAGGAGUCGGGCGCUUCCCCAACGGGCAGGAAGAGUCGAGCGGAUGCUGCGUCCGGAAUGUUCCUGAGCGACACGCUGCAGAAGAAACUCCGAGAGCUUGAAGAAGAGAACCUGUCCCUGCGAUCUGAGGCCAGCCACCUCAAGUCGGAGACAGAAACGUACGAGGAGAAGGAGCAGCAGCUGGUCAACGACUGCGUGAAAGAACUCAGGCUGUCCAGUCGCCAGAUCUCCACCAUCGCUGAGGAGCUGGCCCGCAAGACCGAGGACGCCUCGCGACAACAGGAGGAGAUCACACACCUCCUGUCCCAGAUUGUGGACCUGCAAAAGAAAACCAAAUCUCUGGCGGUGGAGAACGAAGAACUCUUGCAUCAUCUGGUCGCAGCUAAGGAUGCUCAGAGGCAGCUGACCGCAGAGCUGCAAGAGCUGGAGAUGAAGUACUUGGAGUGCAUGGAGAUGCUGAGCGAGGCCCAGCAGGACCUGAAGAACCUGAGGAACGCAAACUACGCUGCGGGAACCCCCAGACGCUUCCAUCCUCUGGGACUCUACCCCAUGGACUCUCUGGCUGCAGAGAUUGAGGGAACCAUGAGGAAGGAGUUAAGUCUGGAUGAGCCAGAGUGUGAACAUCAAAAAGUCCAUCGCAGGCGCGUCUUCCAGACGGUGAAGAACAUCAACCAGACGGUGCGCCAGCGCUCUCCGACCCCGACCGGCACCAACAUCCCGGGCUCCAACCGGUCCUUGUCCUCCUCGUGCACGUCGCCGCAGUCCAGCGGGCUCACAAGUCCCCGCUCCGGCGUGUGUGCGCGGGACCUCGGCGGGGACGGCGUCCCUCUUGACAACCGCGUGCAGAGCAUCCUCAUGGAGGCGGAGAGGAGCGCAGAGAGUGAAGGGAAGAGCGGGGCCCAGGACUUGCGUGUGGCCCUGCGCCGCUUGUCUCUACGCCGGCAGAACAACCUGAGCGAGAGGCGAUACUUUGACGAGGAGAGGGAGCGCAAGCGAGGCGGCCACCCAGACACCCUGGGGGGUGUGGUCACACCCUCUGAAAGCAUCAUGUCCCUGGGAAACCUGCACCUGUGGGCCUCCAGGGGGCCCUACCUGCCCGACAAACUCCAGAUUGUCAAGCCGCUUGAAGGGUCGGCCACCCUGCACCACUGGCAGCAGUUAGCCCAGCCGCACCUCGGGGUCAUCCUGGACGCCAGACCAGGGGUGGUGUCCAAAGGCUACAGACCCCUUGAAAUGGAACUAGAAGAGGCGUAUUCAUGGGGCAGCUUUGAGGAGGAAGAAGCAGCAGCAGAUCGCUACUUCCAGAACUUACCCACCUGCUCGCCAGCAGGGCCCUGCACCAGCAGCAGCCUACCGCCCGCCCACCUGGUCCUGCUUUCUCCCCCCUUACCAUCUCCCUCACCGCAUCUUAGCAACACGGAUGCACUAGCUGCUUACUACCCAGGUAAAUGCAUGGCUCACACGAGCUCCACCUACACCUUCACCACAUGCCGCAUCCUGCACCCCACUGACGAGCAGACACACGUCACACCCAGUCUGAACGCCAUCGCUGCCACCUCCUCCUGCGUGAUGACCAGCUCUCUGCUGCCCGCCGCCACACCCUGCACACCUCGCAGGCUCAGUCUCAGUCUGAGGCCCUCGGAAUCAUCCACCAACCUCAGGGACGGCACCCGCACCACCAGCACCUCCCUGGGCUUAGUGCGCCUCCUACAGGAGAGAGGGAUCUCUGCAGCCGUGUAUCACCAGAGUCAGGCCAGUGAGGGCGUCUUAUUCAGCACCUCCAUCACGCCCGACAGAGCCCGCCACCCAGACCCCCUGCGCCCCGCAACACCUCCAAACUCCCCCACCGGACAGGGGGCCACGUCUAUGGACUUUGACUUCAAGAGCCCCUCCUAUGACAACUUCCUGGCCUCCAAACCGGCACGUUCCAUCCUGAAGGAGGUGACUGCGGGCACCAGGGGCCGCCAGAGGGGGCGGGACUGCGAGAGCCAGACUGACGUGAGCGUGAGCGUGCACAACCUCAACCUGCUGGACAAGGUGAAGCGUCUGGGUGUGGCCCGGCCGGUGAGUCCAAGCCCCAUGCUGGGGUCUCUGGGUGGGCUGCGAAGAUCGGGCUCCCCCUUUGGGCCUGAGGGGAUAAGACGGAACAGGAGUUACCCGGCGAGCAUGGCCAUGAAGGCUCCGGGUCCUCCUGAGUAGUCUGGACCAGGGAAAUGGGAGGAGCCAAUCUGGCGCUGGGCAGUCACAUGACAUGUGGCUUGAACAACAGCCAUUACAUUAGGUACACCUGACAUCAUACAACGGUGGACUUGAGGGGAAAAAAACGGAGAAUAACAAUAGUAGGAUUUUUCAGGUUUACAGUAAUAACCACUGUAGAUUUUACGGUCAAAUAAUAUCGCAAGUCAGUCUGCAGAAUUAGUUACCGCUCUUCGGUUGACCGUCAUUUGCUGUGGUGGUACUCUUUUUCAAUUCACUGACAGGACGCUCAUGUUUACCUUAGAAACAAUCUUACUCUUUUUCAAUUCACUGACAGGAUGCUCAUGUUUACCUUAGAAACAAUCUUACUCUUUUUCAAUUCACUGACAGGAUGCUCAUGUUUACCUUAGAAACAAUCUUACUCUUUUUCAAUUCA